AUGGUACUCGAUUGUAGUGAUGAGGAUGGUUCAGGAACUAGGGUACUCGAUUGUAGUGAUGAGGAUGGUUCAGGAACAAUGGUACUCGAUUGUAGUGAUGAGGAUGGCUCAGGAACUAUGGUACUCGAUUGUAGUGAUGAGGAUUGCUCAGGAACUAUGGUACUCGAUUGUGGUGAUGAGGAUGGUUCAGGAACAAUGGUACUCGAUUGUAGUGAUGAGGAUGGUUCAGGAACUAGGGUACUCGAUUGUAGUGAUGAGAAUGGUUCAGGAACAAUGGUACUCGAUUGUAGUGAUGAGGAUGGCUCAGGAACUAUGGUACUCGAUUGUAGUGAUGAGGAUUGCUCAGGAACUAUGGUACUCGAUUGUGGUGAUGAGGAUGGUUCAGGAACAAUGGUACUCGAUUGUAGUGAUGAGGAUGGUUCAGGAAUUAUGGUACUCGAUUGUAGUGAUGAGGAUGAUCAGGAACUAUGGUAUCGAUUGUAG